CUAUAUAUGCUCUAUAAUUAGUCUUUGAAAAACGAAGUGAGAAAACACAUAAUGGCAAAACACAGUGUCGUAGUGAUGGUGCUCGUGAUUGUUUUGAUCUCCACAAUGGUUAUUGAUGUGCUCGAAGCAGCCACCAAGGAUGAUCAUGAUGAUGAGAAAGUCACCAACCUCCAAUUCUACUUCCACGACAUAGUGAGUGGCAAGACACCAACCGCGGUGAGGGUGGCUAAGGCAGCUGACACUGAGAAGUCUCCGGCUUCAUUUGGAGCUCUGGUUAUGGCUGACGACCCGUUAACCGAGACGCCCGACCCGAAAUCGAAGCUCGUGGGUCGGGCACAAGGGCUGUACGGGUCUGCGGGACAGCAGGAGCUUGGGCUGGUUAUGGCCAUGAGCUUUGCAUUUACGGAGGGUGAAUACAAUGGGAGCUCGAUCAGCAUUCUUGGUCGAAACGCUGCUUUGAACCCAGUGAGGGAGAUGCCGGUUGUUGGCGAAACUGGGAUUUUCCGGUUGGCGCGGGGCUAUGCUAUUGCUAAGACGCAUUGGUUUAAUGCGACUAGUGGUGAUGCUAUAGUGGAAUACAAUGUCACGGUGGUUCACUAUCGCCGGAGAAAGGAAUUAAUGUUUUGAGUUCUCAAAUAUUACGUCGUUUCUAGUGUAUAUAUCAAGUGUUUCCAAAAUUUGGUGUUAUAACUGACAUAACAAUAAAUAUUAAUAAUUAAAAAUAAAAUGACGUGGUAUUAUGA